AUGACGUCUCUGCUGAGUCGUAUACUGCCCGCUGCCACCCAAAGCGCUUCAUCCUCCAGCGGAAGUCAUGUCACUGAUGCUCCAGAGGUCCCCCGCGUCCAAAUUGGGCCCGCGGCAAACCACCUUCGAGAUGCCAUGAUGGUCAUGUACUGGGCUGGCGUGAGACGAGAAUUGCCGCAUAUCGUCCAGACACUUCGAAAAUGGAGGACUCGAGACGAAUACUCAACGACGGUUCACCCCGACGAAGAGGACCGCUACAUUCACGGCUAUGAAACCUUUCUUGAUCAAGUCAACCACACCUCUCGCGGGUUUUCCGACAGGUAUCGCAAGCUUCCAAAGCUCAGAGACCCGGCGGAGGAAAGAGAUGCCGAUCGAGUGCCGACAUACUCGGAAGCGCUUGAGGACCGAGGUUGGGACAUUUACUCGGAACUGCAGAGCUCUUCCAUCCGUCGCUCCAUAAUGAUGGACCUACAAGACCGGGAAGUGAAGGGGGAGGACGUGGUACAUCGGCGAGCACGGAUGCUACUCCAGUCCGCCCAGUUUCUCGACAUGGACAAGAUCAUCGAGUACCGAGAUCCAGAAGCGCUCAUUACCUUUUGGAAGCAACCUACGCCCUCACAAGUUACGGUGUCAUCCUACGACGAAGGACAUAUGCCGAUUCUUGUUCCUCAAGCGUGCGACUCAUGCAGCAAGGCAAUAAGAGGGUCGAUCUUUCGAAACAUCAAGACAGACCAGAUGAUUUGUGAAGGUUGCUACCGGCGAGACUUUUAUGGUCACAAGGACAUCACCAAAGUGUAUAAACAGUGCUGUCUGCGGAGAGCUGUGUCCGCCGACGAUAGCCAGGAGAUCUGCAGCUGCAUCGAUGUAUCACGAAGACACGGUGACGGACAGCUGAGAAAUCUGUUCCCUGUGAACAAUGAUCUUUCCAAUCCCGAACAGCAUCUCAACACCGCCGGUGUGAACGGAAAGAUUCGGUGUGGGCUUUAUGAGUUGACGGAUAUGGCAGCAGAAGCCAAAUUUGCCUCAUGCCGCCACAGAGGGACGAGUCUUACUCUUGGGAAAGCCAAGCGAGAAGGCCGCUACAAUCGCCCUCGUCGGGUCAACAACAUCAAUGGUGAGAAUCCAGAGGGAAAGUUCAAGACAACCGAGUUUGGAGCGUCAUUUGGAACGACCACCAAAGGGACCGAGGACAUCCCCUUUUACCUCAAUGAUAUUGUCAAUGACUAUCCUUACGGAAAUGUGCACAUGGCGUUGAGAAUUGGCCCGCUUGUGAUUGAGAAUGGAGUCAGCGUCCUCAUCACCAGUCGGGACCCGCCAAACCUCCAUGCUCUCCGAGACCCUUCUGAGGACAUCCGGCACUCGCUCUUGGUCACUGGACAAGCAGACAGAACCCUCUAUUCGCAGCAACGUCCCCGAGCUCCCAAGAGAUACAAGGCAAUGCUUAAACAAGUUGCUGGCGGUGUCUUUUGCGGGUUUUUUGAGCAAGAGGCAGAGGAACAAAUCAUUGACACACUGAUGAAGGAGAGCCUUCGGCUUGUCGACAACGGAAUCAGCGUGACAGAGAAGAACACCUUGAUGGAUCAAGCUGUCAACCGGUUGAUGGCGCUGCUCAAACCCUACCUGGGACCCCGGAUCGAGGUCUACAUUGACAGCAUCGUUGCCAAAUUGCUGGACCCAAACGUGAAUCUUCGAUGGAGCUUCUCAAACAACAACUGUCAGACCUUUGUCGACAACAUUAUUGAUCGGUCGCUCUUUGGUUCGCUGUUUGCUCCGCAUGGACCUAGCAACGUGGAGCAAGAAUCAGCCAACAUGCCAUACCCCCUGUACCUCAUGAGCUUUGUCUGCCGACCUGGAGCCUACGUGCCGCAACGAGCUCGCUCCAAAUACGAUGUACCCAACGGCUUGACAGAGGAAUAUCUCCUCAAGUUUCGGUACGGACGACAUGAAGAGUCCGACAUUGCCGAUGCUCUCUCAGAAUACUGGUAUGACUGGGGUGCUUUUGAUGGGCCAUUGUACCCCUAUCAGGAUCUGUUCCCUUGGGACUGCACGGAAGCCUUCAACCGGUAUCCUGUGACAUGUGGUUCGGAGUGCAACAUCUCCAAACACGUUUGGGCGUUCCCUUUCGACUCCUGGUCUCUCAUCACCCUGCAUCUAUCCCGACCGAGAAACAUGUAUCCUCACAAUGGAUUCCCCGCCGACGACUUGGGAACUCCAUCCUUGCUGCACAAUCCUUUGUCUAAUUUGACAAAACUUGGGUCCGCUACCAUGUCGGACACCUCCUGGUUCAAAAACAGACUUGCCAUACUUCUCGCCCAAGAUACCCUGCUCUCUGCUGCAGCGGCAAUGGCCCGUUGUUCGGCCUUUCGACAAUCAACGUUCUGGCUUCACAAGCACGCUGAUGAGCGAACAGACAGAUUGAAAUUGGGAGGGAUUCACCGCGCUCAGCCGUUUAGCCAUCACUUUGAGAAGGGGGCGUAUCACCAGUAUUUCAUCGCUGGCUGGGCUCACUUGUCGCGACCACUGAAGAUUGCCGAGUAUGAAAAACUUAGAGACUGGAAAGCUACAAGACAAGAUGUGGGCAGUUCAGAUCACGACAGCGGUGAUGGAGGGGGAGGAGGGUGUGGUUUUGCAUGCGCAGCUGGUGGAGCGGCGGCUGGAGCGGCAUGUACUGGAGCGGCCGGAGAUCUUGGAGAUACCUGCGGGAGUGGAUGCGUAAGUAGCUGUGGGAGUUCAGGUGGAGGUGAUGGAGGUGAUGGCGCUGGAUGUGGAGGAUGCGGUGGUUGCGGUGGAUGA